AUGGUACUUGACAAGAUAUAUGGUAAGUACAGUGACAGUUUUCAGUUACUUUUUGCUUUCAAAGCAGAAGUAGAGAGGGCAUCACCAGGCAGUGUUGUUGACAUUGAUCAUCACACAGUGGAGUACAAGUUAACAGGAAAGAAAUUCUACAAAGAGUGUUUUAGAAGGGUUUUUGUCUGUUUCAAAGCUUGUCAGAAGGGGUUUCUAGAGGGGUGCAGGCCAUACUUGGCUGUAGAUGCAACUGCAUUGAAUGGUAGGUUUAGGGGCCAACUUGUAGCAGCAUGUGCCCUAGAUGCACACAAUUGGUUAUUUCCUGUUGCAUAUGGUGUUCUUGAAGUGGAGUCCACUGAGAGUUGGACAUGGUUUUUCAAUAAUUUGAAGAAAGUUAUAGGACAUCCUGAAGGAUUAGUUAUCCAUACUGAUUCUUGCAAAGGACUGGAGAGUGUUGUUGAUGAUGUUUAUCCUGGAGUUGAGCACAGAGAGUGCAUGAGACAUUUGUCUCAACAUUUUGGCAAGAAAUUCAAAGGGAAAUUUUAUGAUGACAAUCUGUGGCCCUGCUCACUAACUUACAGCAUCAAAAAGCACAAUUAUCAUCUGAACCAGUUGAAAAGCAAGCUCAAAGUGAAGGAGUAUCUUGAGGAGCACCACACCAAAAUUUGGGCUAGAGCUGAUUUCACUGAGUUGAGCAAGGUUGACUAUGUAAAUAACAAUCUAGUUGAAUCAUUCAACUCUAGAAUCAAGAAAUACAAGGGCCUACACCUAGUUGACCUGCUUGACAAGAUCAGGCGGUACAUUAUGGAGAAGUUUGACCUAAGAAAAAGAAUUCGCAUUGACCAUUUCAUUGGGCACAACAUCAUACCAGCAGUAAUGAAGGCAUUAAUGGAGAAAACUAAAGGUUUGGAGAUGAGCAUUGUUAGGAGAAGCCCAACAGAGGCUGAGGUAACUGCAACUGACAGAGAGAAGAGAGAAUGGAGGUAUCCUGUGGACCUGGAGAAAUGGACUUGCAGUUGCAGGCAAUGGGGUGAUGCUAGUGCAAUUGAUAAGUAUGUCCAUAAGUACUACUCUGUUGAGAUGUUCAGAGCCACUUAUGCUGAAAACCUACCAGCUUUGGAAGGCAAGCAGCAGUGGGACAUUGUAGAUCCUGGAUUCAAGUUAUGUGCUCCUAUUCAGAAGCAAGCACUAGGCAGGCCAAGAAAACAGAGGAUUAGAGCAAGCAGUGAAGGAAAGGGCCUUGGGCCAAGGAAGAAGAAGUGCAAAAGGUGUGCUUUUGGAGAAGAAGAGCAUUGGGGUGCACAAAAUGCAGAUGAUCAUCCAACAGCAGAUGAGCCAGCAAUAGCACAAAUGCAAGAUGAGGAUGAGGAUGAGGAUCAGCCAAUACCUGAUGUAGUCCAGCAUGAAAUGGGACCACCAAGUGAACCAUCUCAUGAAGCAUCUACACAAGCAAGUGUAGUAAGCCCUAGGGAAAACUAUAAAAAAGCAGUAGAUAGAGGAGCUUCUCCAAGGUGUGUGAAAGAGAAGAGAGGUGGAGAUGUACAACCAGCAACUACAUUCUCAGCUACUGGAAGCACUGUUGACAACAAGGUUGUUCCUCCUGCAUCAAAAGAACCAGCACAAAACCAAGCUCCACCAACUGGCCCCAACCCAGCCAGAAACACUAGAAGCAAAGCAAGGGAAGCUCCAAACCCAUGCAAUAAUUAA